AGGUCAAUUCUUCGUACUCUCUUCAUCCGCAAAAAAAUCGUAUAUGCCCGUCCUGCCACAAGCCACUGCCUACGUCACUUCCGGCUUGUACGGCUCAAGGCUGCACCUAUAUCAGACCAGCUCCGAAAGAGUUGACGAGGGAUUACUUUGCCCUUUUCGGAUUACCUGGUCUGCCUAAAAAGGGUGAAGAUGCAAAGGGCGAUACGAAUGCUCGUAAUGCGUUCCACAUCGAUCCUAAAACCCUUCGGGAUCGGUUUUUGAGGAUUCAAAAGGAGGCGACAGAAGCUGCCGUUAGCCAAUCCGCUCUCGCUACAAAAGCUUACCAAACCCUGCUCUCUCCUCGAUUACGAGGCGAAUACAUUCUUUCGCUAAACGAUGUAUACAUUAAUGAAGCCGACACGAUGGAGCAGGAGCAAGAAUUAAUCAUGGAGGUGAUGGAAGCCCGGGAAGAACUCGAGGAAGCUGAAGGGGAAGAAGUUUUGAAGCUGCUAAAGCAAAACGAAGAGAGGACAGAGAAGUUGACCAUGGAAUUGGAGAAUGCUCUCGCAAAUGAGGAUUGGUCAGAGGCAAAGAGGCUCGUGAUUCAACUCAAAUAUUGGGAGUCGUUCCGAAGAGCAGGAGAAGGUCAAGAUUACCAGGAUGCAAAGGAGUUGGGGGAGAAUGUACUUGAAUUGAGGAAGGAAAUUCUAGGAGAGCGGCAUCCAGACACCAUUCGAGCCUCAGCAAAUCUUGCUUCCACAUAUUAUGAUCUUGGUCAGUACUGGGAGGCAAAGCAGUUAGGGGAAGAUGUACUCCAGCUGAGGGAGCAAAUUCUUGGAGAAACGCACCCAGACACCUUGACAUCUCUCUAUAGUCUUGCAGUUUACCAAAGCAGACUUGGUGAGGAUGCUCAAGCACUUGUGUAUGCAGAAAAGGCCAAGAAAGCACUGGAGGAGAUGGGAUAUAAGCAUAGGCUAGUUCAAACUGCACCAUUGAGGGACAUAUUGAAGUUGCACAUGUGGGUCAUUAUUGAUAAUAAGUUGUAA